UGUCUUUUUGUGAUGAUGUAUGUUUGGGGGUGGAGAUGAAAGCGGAGCUAUCCCUUUAAAAAAAUCUUCCUGUAGAAAAUAACAAGUUAAUGCAGGAAAAAAGGGUCUAUAAAGCCUGGAAGUGAAGCUGCACUUGCACAGUGUUUACAGAACACAUCUGGAGAAGGACGGCAGCCGGGAGUUAAUAUUAUUACACUUUACAAUGCAGACCGAGGCCUUGGUACGACUACUGUCUGGGAUAUGGAUCUCAGUUUUUCUCCUUGAAGUUAACUGUACUCAACAGAAUCCAAUCCCUGAAGAAAAUCUUUUAGUUUUGACUGUGGGCACCAGCGAGACAGAUGGAUUCACACGUUUCAUGAGAUCAGCCAAACUCUUCAAUUAUACCGUUAAGGUGCUGGGCAGAGGGGAGAAAUGGAGAGGGGGGAACUACAAGACUGCUUCAGGGGGAGGUCAGAAAGUCCGUCUCCUGAAGUCUGCACUGGAGAAAUACGAGAAGGAAGAUCAAGUGAUCUUGUUCAUUGAUAGCUACGACGUGGUAUUCGCAUCAGAUCCUAAGGAGUUGCUGAAAAAGUUCCAGCAAGCCAACCACAGGGUGGUCUUCUCUGCGGAGAGCCUCAUAUGGCCAGAUCGGCACCUGGAGGACAAGUACCCCCACGUCCGGGAGGGCAAGAGAUUCCUCAGCUCAGGAGGUUUCAUUGGCUACGUACCCAGCCUGAAGAAAAUGGUUGCAGACUGGGAUGGAAAAGACGGUGAUAGCGACCAGCUGUUUUAUACGCAGCUUUACCUAAAUCCAGAGAAAAGGGAAAAGAUCAAUAUUACUUUGGACAACAAGUGCAGAAUAUUUCAAAAUCUCCAUGGAGCUUUAGAUGACGUUGUGCUGAAGUUUGAGGACGGACGGGUCCGCGCUAGGAAUGUGGUUUACGACACUUUACCAGUUAUAGUUCAUGGCAACGGAGCCAACAAGCUGCAGCUAAACUACCUGGGCAACUACAUCCCCAAAGUGUGGACGUUUGAAACAGGCUGCACUGAGUGUGAUGAGGACUUAAGGAGUCUGACGUCUCUCAAGGAGAGCGAGUACCCCUUGGUGUUGAUUGGAGUCUUCAUUCAUCAGCCCACUCCGUUCGUCACUGUGUUUUUUGAGCGUCUGCUGAACCUCAAGUACCCCAAGGACCGGCUUCAGCUCUUCAUUUACAACCAUGAGCCCCAUCACGAGCGCAACGUCAAGUUGUUCCUGGAGGCUCAUGGGAGCGAGUAUCGGGCUGUGAAAGUGAUUGGACCGGAGGAGGAGCUGGACAACGCAGGGUCGAGGAAUCUGGGAUUGGAUCUGUGCCGGCAGGACGCAGAAUGCGAUUAUUACUUCAGCGUGGAUGUGGAGGUCGUCCUGAAAAAUGCUGACGUGCUCAAAAUACUCAUUGAACAAAACAGGUCUAUAACUGCCCCCAUGAUCAGUCGCAAUGGGAAGCUGUGGUCCAAUUUCUGGGGGGCCCUUAGUGCUGACGGGUUCUAUGCCAGGUCUGAAGAUUACGUGGACAUCGUUCAGGGGAGGAGGGUUGGUGUCUGGAACGUCCCGUACAUUUCCAGUGUCUACCUGAUUAAAGGCAGCGUCCUGAGGACUGAACUGACAGAUAAAGAUCUAUUCCACUCUCUCACACUGGACCCUGACAUGGCCUUCUGCAGCAAUGCCCGGGAGCAGGGAGUAUUCAUGUUUAUUUCCAACAGACAUGAAUUCGGACGCAUUCUUUCCACUGAAAACUGUGAGACGACUCACCUGCACAAUGAUCUGUGGCAGAUCUUUGAAAAUCCACAGGAUUGGGAAGAACGGUACAUCCAUUCAAACUACACCCGAAUCAUGAAAGACAAAUUAAUAGAAACGCCAUGCCCAGAUGUCUACUGGUUUCCUAUUUUCACUGAAACCGGCUGUAAUCAUCUAGUCGAGGAAAUGGAACAUUUUGGACAGUGGUCUGGAGGUGGCAAUGAGGACACUAGAAUUCAAGGUGGCUAUGAAAACGUCCCUACCAUAGACAUUCACAUGAAUCAGGUGGAGCUUGAGAAGCAGUGGCAAAAGUUCUUGCUUGAGUACAUUGCACCAAUUACAGAGAAAAUGUACCCUGGAUACUACACCAAGUGUACCUCUUACCUGAACUUUGUGGUGAGGUACAAACCUGACGAGCAGCCGCUGCUCGCACCCCACCAUGACGCCUCUACUUUUACAAUUAACAUAGCUCUCAACAGCAAAGACACUGACUAUGAGGCUCAAUUUGAUCUGGCCUUUGUAGUUAGGUAUAAACCCGAUGAACAGCCACUAUUAAGGCCUCAUCACGAUGCGUCCACUUUUACUGUAAAUAUUGCACUGAACACCGUCGGGAUUGACUAUCAGGGAGGGGGCUGUCGCUUCAUCAGGUAUAACUGCUCUGUCCAGGCUCCUCGAAAAGGGUGGGCGCUCAUGCACCCAGGACGCCUAACCCACUACCACGAGGGCCUCCCCACGACCGCCGGCACACGAUACAUCGCCGUGUCCUUCGUCGACCCUUAAGAGAACCAGCAGCGUUUUUGUUGCCCUUGGUCAAAUUCCUUCAGGAGUGGCAAAAAUUAGGAACUGUUAGCAGCUGAACUGACUGAAUUUUUAAAGCCCAACGCAGUGAGCUGUAGCAAGAACCUUCUAAUAUGCACACAUAUAACUGGUGUGUAUAUGGAUGAUAUUCCCAAUUGAAGCUUUACGUCUGUGUCUUAUUACAUACAUACAUAAAUACAUGCAAGGAGGAAUUGUUCCUUGUGCUUACCAUUGCAGGAAUGUGUUAUACACACAGAUUUUCCCAAUGGAAAUACUGUAUUGUUAAAUCCUGUGCCUUAUUUUUACAAUUGCAGUAGAUUUGUUUUCAGUGACCAGUCGUCCAAAUGGCAACAGAUUUUUAUAGUAGUAAUAUUAAUGUUUUAAUGUAACCCUGGCAAAACUGGAUAGAACACAGUCAAUUUUAACACAGGUUAGGAAUCCACAUUUUCUAUUGUGGAUGUAUUAAAGUUUUAUAUAAUUACUGAUGCAAACUUAGUUAAAUUAAAAAAUAAAUAAAGUAUUAAAAUAUUUACUGGCCCUACAUAUUUUCAAAAUUGUGAAUACUAUUUUAUUUGUAGUUUGAAGUUAUUUAUUUUGCAAACAAAAAGGGUUUGGAGGUGAGAGAGGUACAGUACAGUAUUUCCAGGCUUUCUGCACAUUACCAAUUGGAUCAGUUCUGUCACAAAAAAACCCAGGAAAAGGGCACCAUUUGUAUCACCUGACAUUGUUUUAUUCUCAGUAGGAGUGGAGGGACAUAUACUAGAAGAUAAAAGAAGCUUUGGAUAUUGACAGUGAUCUAGAAAGUCAAAUGGAAAUUAAACAAACCCCCCUAUAAAUGUGAAGGCGAUUCUCUCCUCUUUUUUUUAAAAAAAAAUUAUUUAAUCAUAUUUAUACAAUCUCCUGGAAAGGUACCUGUGGAAAUGCGUUGUCACAUAGGGGGGUUAGAAUAAUGUUGUGAUGGCAUCAAUCUUCAUUUUAAAACCACGCUGGCAGUCUGGCACAGAAAUUAGACACAGAUAUUCAAUCAAUAUGAUAAUGAGGCAGCUGCCUAAGUUUAUAACCCCUCCUGCUAUGAAGAAUACAGUUGUUCGUUCACAUGGACUGUAAGAAAGGGCAUCUAUGCAAUAGUUUUGUACAAAGAGACAAAAUGAGAAUGGUACUGAAAACAACAUUAAAACAGGAAAGAGACGCAGUAGCUAGAAUCGUUGGCAGUAUCUUUUUUUUGUGUCUUCAUCUUUUUUUUUUUUUCUAACUGAACACGUUGGGUAACUGUUACUAACGGUACACACAGCUGAUUGUGUCAUUUUAAAAGUGCAUUCAAUUGGGAUAAAUACCUGUUGUUAGGCUGCAGUUUGUAUGAACUUGUAAAAUUAACUGUAAUUUGAGUGUAGCUGCAUUGGAAAUGUCCUCUAGCUGCAGUUAGUCUUAUAACUUGUAGUUAAACUGCCACACAGUCUGCUGUCCCACACUGCAGGUAACUACACGUGAUUUUGUUAAUGCUAUGAUGGAGUCCUAUUGUUUGUAUAAAAUUGCUAUAAAGUGUUUUUUGUUCAAA